AGCACUUCACCGAGAGAGAGAGCAACGUGUAGCAGAUGAUGGCGAAAGCAGGAGUUUCCAUGCUGACCUUUAUCGCGGCUGCCGUCGGGCCUGCGAUGGUGGCCGGCUUCGCGCUGUCGCCGAACGCGAUGAGGACCGGGGCCCGGCCUAGCUCUAGCCUGAGGAUGGCUGCUGCGGAGGGCAAGCAGCGGGUGCUCGUCAUCGGGGGCACCAGGUUCAGCGGGUUGUACCUCACCAAGGAGCUCCACUCCCGGGGGCAUGAGGUAGUGCUGUACAACCGCGGCCAGACCGCCAACAAGCAGCUGCCGUGCGAGUCCGAUGCCGAGUACGCCAAGCGCGUGGAGGACGUCAAGACGAUCGUCGGCGACCGGAAGGACCCGGAGGUAUGCCAGUCAACUCUCGGAGGGGAAAAGUUCGACGCCGUGUUCGACAUGAACGCCCGCGAGGUGUCGGACACCAAGGCCGUCGCCGACGUCUUCAAGGGCAAGGUGGACCACUACGUCUUCAUGAGCUCCGCCGGGGUGUACCUAAAGUCGGAGCUGAUGCCCCACAGGGAGGAAGAUGCGACGGAUCCCAAGAGCCGGCACAAGGGAAAGUUCGAGAGCGAGGCCUACCUCGAGGAGAUCGGGAUGCCCUACACCUCCAUCCGCCCUACCUACAUCUACGGACCCCUCAACUACAACCCGCUGGAGCAGUACUUCUUCGAGCGCCUGGACCAGGACCGCACCGUCAUCGUGCCCGGGCACGGGCAGCACUUGACCGGGCUCGGACACGUCAAGGACCUCGCAAGGGCCAUGGCCAACGUUCUCGGAAAGGAGUCCGCUAAGGGUCAGGUCUACAACGUCCAGGACAACCGUGCGAUUUCAUUCGACGGCAUGGUGAGGGCGUGCGCCGAAGCCAUGGGCAAGGACCCCGCCGCGGUCAAGAUCAAGCACUUCGAGCCGACGAACUUCGACUUCGGCAAGAAGAAGGCCUUCCCCAUGCGACCGGGCCACUUCUUCACCAGCUGCGAGAAGGCCAUGACGGACCUGGACUGGGCGCCGGAGUUCAACACCGUGGACGGACUCCGGGAUUCCUACGAGAACGACUUCGUGCACAAGAAGGCCGCCGGUGGUCUGAACAACGACUUCGAGUGCGACGACAAGGUCCUGACCGACCAAACCAUCGGCAACCUCCUCACCAGAUGAUUUGAUUGAUAGGUUGGCCUGGUUUGAUCAUUUUGUUCUCGUGUUAUUUUGUUUGUCGCCGCUCGAUAAUCAUGCGUGCACACCUACAGCAAGGUGUAGUCGAUCGAUCGACGCAAAGAAGAGGCGUUAAUCGUUUCGCCCUAGAAGUUUUUUCUUUUCGGUGUCGACAUGUUUCAGCAGCAUGCGAAGGGAGUGGCUACGGUAUAACAUCGAGAAGUCGCAACGUCGUUGUCGUGCAUACGUUAGACAAUUUUGAUGGAUGCACCCAUAGCCAAAAGUGGAUGGAUCCAUGUCGCUGGGUUGGCCGGUUCUGCCGGUGUGAUAGCCAAUACAGGCCAACGAACACUUUCGGUUUAUUCUGGGGACGAUCUGUCUUGUCGGGUCUGCAUGGUGAUGAUUUUCGAUGGAUGUAGGGUGGUUCCUGCUGGGCUCACACCAAUUUUGGCUGGUAUAUCCUUCGUUUUUUGCUUGGUCGAAAAACCGGUUUGUCGGCACGCGUACGUGUGUACGUUGGGCCCGGUCAGUUGGAUGGAUGGUACGGGUGCCCUGCCCCAUGUCCCCUCCUCCCGUUGUAACUCCGCUCGCCAUAUCUACCUCUCGCAUUUGAUUUGCACCGCAGUGAGAGGUUGGUUGGGACGUGAACCAAAGGGAUCGUCAAAAUAGGAUUUACUGUUUCGGCUGGCUUGAGUCCCCUAGAGGGGCGGCUGGCUUCAGAACGGGGUGGAGAACUGUAAACCUUAGCUCCGCUCCAUAGGGGAUGAUCGAAACCCGCGGUGCGGCAAUUGUCCGACGCUUGUACGAAGCAGGGUACGCCUGUGCUGUGCCCGUUACAUUUUCUUGUGUCUGGAAAGUUUUGAAGGCGACAGAAAAGAAGCUUGUUCCAAAGCUGUAAGCUAGAUGCACGACG